AGCUCCCGCUCGCUCUUGCGCCAUCGCCGCCGGCUCCGCGCGCUUGCUAACAGUUUUGCCCGCCUCUACUCGCUCGUCAUCGGUAUCUCGCCCCUUUUCUUCAAGCUGUCGGCAUACAUUCUGAGAGGAGGAUGGACCAAGUUCAUAGGCGCCUUUAUGCGACGGCGACCGUGCCCGGCUUCCGGUCUCGUUCGGGGCUUCCCGUAUAGUCAAGUAGGCCAUCUACUAGGUUACGAGUCGCAUCUGGGGUUCUAUAGAAGCGCCUCCACGGCGUCUUUGUUUGCCCAUCCCAGUUGCUCUCGACGUUUCCCGCGGCUGUGGCGUAGGCUGCGUGACCGUCCGCUUGCCCGCGGCGGUGGCAGUCUAUGGGGUCAAGGCUGCUCCGCUUCGAUCAAUCAUUCAUUUCCACUAAUCCGACGGAGACUUUUCCAUCCCCAUCUAACUUUAUCCAACGCAACGUGUAUGCUGUCGUCGGCUACUCUGAUAAUAAGUUUUUAGGCUAUUUAUAUAGCCUGCCGCAGUGUCAAGUCGCAUUUGAGACGCAUAUGGCCUACGACUCUAUAUCUAAAGGCGCCGCCUUCUCUAAGCACCGGGUUCCUAUCGCCCUCAAAGGCAAGA